UGAUCAAGGAAGCGAUGUAGUAAAAGUUGUGGAGAGCUUUGUACUAUCGGAGGCCUCCGGUAAUCAAUCCAGACGAAAGUGGGUUUCAUCGCGUCCAAAGAACAAGAGUUCUCGAUCUUGAACCCAAUUUCUUUCACUACCAUUCUCAAAAUGCCUUCUGCAAUACUACCCAGUUCUCCCUUGUUCACAAUCCAACAACUCUCGCCGGAGCUCCGCAAAGAUACUCUCAUCGGGGCGGAAGUAUUGCUAAACAACAGUGAUGGCUCGAUUGACCCAUCAACAUUCACUCCAGAUAACAUCUCAAUCUUGCGCCAAGCCCUCUACGAGAACUCCGUACUCGUGUUCCGGAAGCAGCAAGGCAUUGAUCCUCUUGCUCUGGAACAAUUGGCCGCAAUCUGGGAUGAGGAUAUGAUUAAUGUGCACUCUGCUGGCAAGGACCAAGUUCGUGAUCCGAGGAGCAUCUUAUCACGCAACAAUGGAGCAAGACUUCCUGCUGCUCCGAAUGUGCAAGUGAUUGGGAAUGGAGAAUUUCAUAACUAUGAGGGCCUUGAGUAUAUGAACUUGCGGCAUGUUGACUCGGCAGAGUUCCACGCUGAACCAUUGACUGAAGACGAACUCGCAGAUGGGCAGACAAGAUUCUAUCGGUGGCAUCAAGAUGCUCCACUCUAUGAAAAUCUUCCUGGAAAAGUGACUCUGAUCCACGCAGUGGUUGUGCCAAAACUGCCUAAUCAGAAAAUCAAAUUUCAAGAUGGGCAGGAGAUGAAGCUACAAGCUGGAUCAACAGCAUUCAUAUCCGGAGCCAAGGCAUUUCAGCUCCUCACCCCGGAAGAACAAGAAUUCGCCCUCAACACAACGGUCCAGUAUGCCCCGAGAGCAUAUGAAUGGAUUCGAAAUGCAAAAGCUACAUCUGAUGGUUUGGGGAUUGUAAAGGUUGGAGCCGAAGCAAAAGAAGAGGAUCUCCCACCUUGGACCUGGGACAAGGUUCAAGCGUUCCCUGUUCGUCUACAUUUAUGUCUCAGAUACCUACUAAUAGCAUCCCAGAUGGCUUGGAAGAACCCAGGGAAACCUUCACAACCCCAUCUCCAGAUCCUCGGGUGCUGCGUUCAUUCUCUUCGUACCACCGACACCAAGACUGGAGCAGUGACUGGAAUCGAUGAUUUAGCAGAGACAAGGAGAAUUUGUUAUGAGAUGCAGAGAAAGGUAGUAAAACCGCAACACGUGUAUGCUCAUCACUGGGAAGAAGGAGAUUUGGUUAUCUUCCAUAAUUAUGGGGUUUGGCACUCAAUUACGGGGCAGUUGGGAACUACGCAACGAUUGAUGUGGCAAGUUACGAUGCGGAGUGGGAAAGAGCCAGAACCUGCGAGAAUUAACCCCUGAUGCGAUGUAGGAAGUGCUUUCAAUUUUGCUCUCUGAGAGCUGACCUCCUGUAAAAUCAAAUUUCCGUAUUUAAGUCUGAUUCAGGAAAGGCUG